AUGGAGAAUAUAUGUCGAGUUUGCAUGGGAAACCACGAUGACAUGGUCAACAUUUUCGACGGCACACCAAGAACACAUUUGCGCAAGUUGCCUGGAGGAUGCGCACAAUGCAUUCGAUAUUCGGCAUUCCCAGGUAGAUAUUCCCAGAUAGGCCACCAAUUCCUGUGCCAAGUAAAAGUGGAAGCCGCCGAGGAAAACUCGGAGUAUAACGAAUUUUGGCAGGUCUCGAACUCCGCGAGUGAUAAAUCAAAUUCUAGUCAAAAGUUAGAUUGCCGAGAUAACCUAAUUGAAGAAGAUUUAGAUUUAAUUGAGGAAAGGACUGGACAACUAUUCCAGCAUCCCCAAAAGAUCGGCGCAGUAGAAAUUCACCUACUUAAGGAUCAAAUAUCAGUCUGUGCAACUGAUCAAACAGGUGCCUAUUUUAAAGGCGAUGAAUAUAGCGAAUUAUCUGUCGGUGAAUAUUUUCAUUCCAAUUCGAAUAUAAGACAGGCUAACGCUAGUUCAUCCGACCAAUCUAACUGCCACAUUCAGCAGGACAACUUCGGAGAUGAAGUUACAUCAGUAGACGAAAUCGAACCACCCGUUGGAGAUGUUCGAGAUCCUUGUAUACCAAAGACUUUUUUGUUGCACAAAGACAACGAAGAGCGACCGCACAAUUGUUCCCGAUGUGGAAAAUCCUUUGCGCGCUACUGUAGUUUUAAGAACCACCUCAGGGCUCACGAGGAAGAAGACAAUGAUUCUCCAUCAGAGCAUAAGCCACAUAUUGGUACUUUUCAAAAGACCAAAAAACUGCAAGAUCAGAAAAGUGUUUCUUUAAAGCAUCAGGACCGUGUUUCAUCGGAUAGGCUUAAGCUUACGUGCACAUAUUGCCCUAAAGUUUGUUCGUACCGAGGUGAUCUUAUAAAACACAUACGUGUUCACACGGGGGAACGUCCGUAUAAAUGUAAUCACUGUCCAAAGGCAUUUAAGCAAAGCUUCGACCUAAGGCGGCACACUGAGACUCACGGCACCACGAGACGACAAUUCAAGUGUAAUCUAUGUGCAAGUGCUUUCCUUGGUCACUCAAACCUUGUCGCCCACAUGCGGAAUCAUGAGGAAAUAAUGCCGUUUAAAUGUCACAUAUGCCCUAGAGUUUUCAAGUAUUGCACAUCCCUAAAGAUACACAUCCGUUCUCACACCGGCGAACGACCGUAUUCAUGUAGCCAAUGUUCCAAAACGUAUAAGCAAAUAAUCGAUCUUAAACGACACAAAUUAAACUUCCACAAGGAAGCUCAGCAGAACGGGCAGACUGAAGUGAAUCUCCGGGAUUUUAAAGAAUACGAAUGUACGCAUUGCAAUAAGAGGUUUGUGACUAAAUAUACUUUAGAGGUGCAUACCAGGAUACACACUGGCGUGAAGCCGUAUAGGUGUGAUAUCUGCGAAAGGACCUUUAAAUAUGCCUCAUCACUGAAAGUGCACACUAGAAGUCACACUGGCGAACGACCGUUUGUGUGCGAAUAUUGUCCAAAGGCUUUUGCUCAACAAAUCGAUUUAUGUCGACACAUCCGUAUCCACACAGGAGAAAGACCGCAUAAGUGUGGUCAGUGUGAGAGCACCUUUAUGGACCACUCUGGCCUCAAAGCACACCUUCUUGUUCACUCGGAGGAAAGGCCCUAUAAGUGCUCCCUAUGCCAAAAGGGAUUUAAGGUGUCGGCAAUUCUUAGUCGGCACAUGAGGACUCAUACUGGCGAAAAACCCUAUAAGUGCGACCAUUGCUCGAAGGCCUACGCAGAUCCCAGAUCUCUUAAGAUGCAUGUCCCGAUUCAUUCGAGAAAAUAACUUGGCAUUCCACCUGUGCUCGGAGGUCAUUUUAAGAACCGUGUAUUGUGCAAAUAAAUGUAAUUACAGUUUCCUAAGAGUUUUCAAGCUAGGUGAUAACUAUGUAUGAUAAAUAUACAGGUGAUAUUUA